GCCGUAUUUAGAUCAGCUCGUUUUCGAGCGCUAGCAGCGUCUGUUUCUACCCUAGAAGCUUGGUUCGGAUUUGUCGACACCUGGCAGGAUGUCAAUGCGACGACUUCUUGGGGACGACACUGACAUGGAAGACUUAGUCCUUAAGCAUAUUGCUCCUGGGAUGGGCUGUGUUGUCGCCUUUCUAAUGUUCUUAAGCCCCCUUAAAACAGUGCUUCAAGCACGCGCCAACAAGCAUCUCGGGGACCUCAAUCCGUUGCCGCUCGUAGCCAUCAUCGCCAACUGCGCCGGUUGGCUGUUGUACGGCAGCAUUGCGAGGGAUCCGUACGUCAUCCUCGCUAACGAACCCGGGCUACUGCUAGGCAUCUUUAUGACCGUUAGCUGCUACGGCUUUGCGGAUAUUAAGGUCCGUGACGUCAUGCUGCGACUGCUGCUCCUCUCUGCAGCGCUGCUUAGCGGCGUGGGCGCGUGUUUGGCGCUGUUCGUGGAGGAUGAGGAGCGGGCGGCGGAUGUGGCCGGCUACACAGCCGUCCUCAUCCUGCUCUGCUACUACGCCGCCCCGCUCUCCUGCCUGGCGGAGGUGCUGCGCAGCCGCUCCUCCGCCUCGCUUCUGCCGCCCACCUGCGCAAUGAACACGGUGAACGGACUGCUGUGGCUGGCGUACGGCCUGGCGGUGCAUGACUCGUUCAUCUCAGUGCCUAACGCCAUCGGUGCUGCCUUGGGUGUCGUACAGCUGCUGUUCAUUUGGAUCUACCCGGCCAAGAGGUCGUUGACUGCCGGCGGCGGUAGCAGCGGUGGAGGCGGCGUGUUGCAAUUCCCAAGCCGCAAGCACGCGGUGUGAUGCGUGAUGCCGCUGCCAAGUGACUGAGACGGCACAACAGCUGACUGCGCAUUGGGGACUUGUGGGGGACACGUGAGCCAUACAUGCAGUUAGUUAGAUUGUCAGAAACGUUACCGGUAGGCGGUUGGGGGGCAGCGCCACCGCGCUUAACCGCCGAGGCGACCGAGCUAGACAAAUCGAACCAUGUAGCAGUGAGCUUUAUGAUGAGCGUUGUUUUGCAUGCGUGCGUGCAGGGCCUGUGUUAACAGCUACCGCGGUAUAUGCAGCAACCCUGGACUGGUGAAGGCACGCGUGCGGCCACAAGGGCGCGUAUCUUCAGAUUCUUCACAUGUUCUGUAGCUUUGCAGUGGGGCACCGUGGGUCGGAAUGCAAUAAAAGAUAUGUGUUGGGAGUUAAGUGAGAUUACGUGUUGGGCAGUGCGGCUCUUUCGUUCAUGAGCACAGUGCUUGACGUUUGGCACCAAGCUGCUAGAAAGGUGAGGCGAAAACGUAUGAGGCAGGUGG